CCACUACCGCCUCGCCGGAGGAACCAUUCUCCCUCCGCCACACGCGACGGUCGAUUCAUAUCUCUUUGUCUUCCACCAUCCUUGACUCAACGGUUGAUUUUGUCGUUGUGUCGGAAGAAUCGAAUCGGCGAUGACGUCUGAAGAGUGGGACAUCGAUCGGGUCAAGGGCCCAUGGAGCCCGGAGGAAGACCAGUUGCUAAGGAUUCUAGUGCAGCGCUACGGCGCUCGGAACUGGUCUGUUAUCGGUCAGUCGAUUCAAGGCCGGUCGGGGAAAUCCUGCCGUCUGCGGUGGUUUAAUCAGCUCUGUCCUGACGUGGAGCGCCAGGCGUUCACUGCGGAGGAGGACGAGGUCAUCGUCGAAGCACACGCUAAGCACGGGAACAAGUGGGCGACAAUCGCGAGACUACUCAACGGACGCACAGACAACGCGAUUAAGAAUCACUGGAAUUCAACAUUGAAGCGUAAGUUCUCUUCGAUUGCUGAGAUUAAAACUGAGUGUAUGAGUCAUGGAUCGACGAUUUCGAUUGGAAAUCAGUGUUUGAGUCCAUCGAGAUCGGAUACGAACGAUUCGAUUCCGAGUCAGAACAAAAGGCCUUCGACUCGUCUAAGCCUAUCUCUUCCAGGAACAGAAUCAUCACCUCCGCGACCGCAGCAGCAGAGUAUUUCAUCAUUGCCGGAGGAUCGUGAGGCGAAAGCGAAAUCGGCGCGUUGUGGUAAGGAAUUUCUGUCUGUAAUGCAAUUGAUGAUUAGAGAAGAGGUGAGGAAUUACAUAGCGGAGUAUAGAAAACGGCAACGAAUGAAUGAGGAAGAAGAUAGAAAGGCAGGGUAAAAAGGAAUCAGAAAUCAAGGAAGAAGAUGAUGAUAAUUAGGGUUUGAAACUUUGAAUUUCUGUGAUUUUGUAUAAACCAUUGGAGCCAUUAGUCAUGUGUUGAAUUUGUUUUGAACAGGAAGGUAUGCACACACUUCCUUUGUUUUAGAAAUUUGAGACAAUUUUCACUUUCUGUUUAUUCCUUUGUGGGUUUCGGUCAUUCUUGUUGUUGUGUUCAUAUUUGUUUGAUCUUUUUCUGUA